UACAUGGGUUCUAAUUCAGUCAAAGAAGUGCUUGAGAAUUCUGAUGAAAUCCACUUCUAUGGACACCACGUUGAUGAUGGAAAACUGGGAAAUCGAAUGUUGCAAGCAACUUCUGAAACAGAGAAUGGCAACAGAGAACCAUUCAUAAUAGGUGUUGCUGGAGGUGCAGCUUCUGGAAAAACUACUGUUUGCAAUAUGAUUAUUCAGCAACUCUGUGAUCAACGGGUUGUCCUUGUGAAUCAGGAUUCAUUUUAUUAUGAUCUGACUGAAGAGAAGAUGAAUCAUGUGCAUGAAUAUAACUUUGAUCACCCAGAUGCUUUCGACAUUGAGCAUUUGCUUUAUUGUAUGGAGAAAUUGAGACAUGGCCAGGCUGUUGAUGUUCCAAACUAUGAUUUUAGAACUUAUAAGAGAAAUUUAUCAUCAAGGAAGGUUAAUACUUCAGAUGUUAUAAUUUUGGAAGGGAUUCUAGUAUUCCAUGAUCCUUGUGUUCGAGAAAUGAUGAACAUGAAGAUCUUCGUUGAUGCAGAUGCUGAUGUACGGUUGGCCAGACGGAUAAAACGGGAUACUCUUGAGAAAGGUAGAGAUAUCAAGACAAUAUUGGACCAGUACUCAAAAUUUGUAAAGCCUGCUUUUGAUGACUUCAUACUCCCAACAAAGAAGUAUGCUGAUAUCAUUGUGCCCUAUAGUGGAGAUAAUUAUGUAGCAGUCAACUUAAUUGUGCAGCAUAUCCAUACAAAACUUGGUCAACAUACUCUGUGUAAAAUAUAUCCAAGUGUUUUUGUAAUUCAGUCAACUUUCCAGAUCCAUGGCAUGCAUACGUUGAUACGUGAUGCCAAAACAUCAAAACACAAUUUCAUAUUUUAUUCAAAUCGGCUGAUUCGCUUGGUUGUUGAGCAUGGUCUGGGCCAUCUUCCAUUUAAUGAAAAGCAAAUCAUAACACCAACAGGUUCUAUUUAUAUUGGGAUAGAAUUCUGUAAAAAGUUAUGCGGCAUUUCUAUCAUCAGAAGUGGUGAAAGUAUGGAGACUGCUCUACGGGAAUGUUGCAAAGGCAUCAAGAUUGGCAAGAUCCUCAUUCAUAGGCAGGGGGAUAGGGAUCAACAGUUAAUUUACCACAAUCUCCCAGAGGACAUUGCAGAUAGGAAUGUGCUUCUUUUGGAUCCUAUACUAGGCACAGGGAACACAGCUGUUCAAGCCAUCUCCUUGCUACUGCAGAAGGGGGUACAGGAAAGUAACAUAAUAUUUCUCAACCUCAUAUCUGCUCCUCAAGGAUUACAUGCUGUCUGCAAAAGAUUCCCAAGAGUCAAAAUUGUGACAUCUGAGAUAGAGUUGGGUUUGAAUAGCAAUUCCCAAGUUGUUCCUGGAAUGGGAGAGUUUGGAGAUCGGUAUUUUGGCACAAAUGACGACUAGGAAGCAAUCUUCUCUAAUAGAAUCAAGAAGAGGCUCACUCAGAACCAAGAAAACUUCCAGUAAAUGGUACCGUAAUUAUUUUCCUUUCAAGUUCGACAAUAAAAGAGAGGUAAUCGAGUGUCCUGUGGCCUUGAGAGAAAUUUCACAUUAAAAAAAUCCAUCUCUCUCUCUCUUCAAGAAUUUGUUUUUUCAAUAUUUUUUCAGAAUAUUUUUUAAAUUUUUAGAAAAGUGCAAGG